AGGCAAAUACCUUAAUCAAAGGGUGAGCAUUUGUCUUAAUUCUUAAACAGGUUGGGUCACAUGUCCGGAUCAACGGCUAAAACUCCGAUAAGUCAUCGGAGUUUAGACAAAUUUUUUAGCUACUCCGGUGAACCCAAAUACGAAACCAAUUUAAAAUUUGAAUUUUUAGACGAAAAUCUUGAAUUUUCAGAAACUUCAUUUGACUCCACCGAUCUUAAUACAAUAAAAAUAGUGGAUGAAGAAGACGACGAAGAACAUUCCGGCGAUAGCGCGGAGAACAAGGCCUUUUGGGAAUCAAAAGAGGAGCUUCUACAGGCAAAUAUAUGCCGGACAACCUUUUUUGAGUCGGAAAUCAGAAAGGCUACAAAGGAGGCUAUAAAAGAGUUGAACUUAACCGGAGCUACUUGCACCUGCCGGAAAAUGGUCGCCGAUAUUUGUCGGUGCUGUAUGCAGAAAGAAAUCUCUCACCGCCUUCAAAGCUCAGGCUAUAACUGCACUAUUUGCAAAUCCAAGUGGAAAAGCACACCGGAACUUCCAUCAGGUGAACAUACUUAUAUGGAAGUGGUGCAAAAAUCAAGUUCGAAGAAAGGGGCGGUGAAGGUGAUCAUAGAGUUGAAUUUUCGAGGGGAGUUUGAGAUGGGGAGAGCGAGCGAAGAAUAUAAUCGUUUAGUAAAAAAAUUGCCGGAAGUAUACGUCGGAAAAGUUGAAAGGCUUCAAUCUCUGAUAAAGAUAUUAUGCGCAGCGUCAAAGAAGUGCAUGGAGAAGAAGAAAAGGCAUUUGGCUCCAUGGAGGAAGCACAAGUACAUGCAAUCUAAGUGGCUGGGCUCGCCUGAGCUUAAACCGGAGGACAACUUUCCGGUGAAGCAUUCGGAGCGCCCGCCGCCGAGGCCAACGGCUUCCAUGCUCACGUUCGACUUGCUGGACAGUUUACCGCCCAUGCAUUUUACGCCGGCGAUCAGAGUUGUUUGAUGCCGCCGUCGUUUAAUUUGUACGUGUUGUCGUGUCUUAAUUAGUUUCAGUGUGGAAUAUUGAAUAAUAACUUAAUGUAAAUUGGUCGGAAAUGUAUACUCAACUUAUUUUCC